AUGAACAGCGAACAGUGCUCUUCCUACUGGACAAUUGUACACUUUGGAUUCAGCCUCCCAGAUAUCCUUCAAUACCCUUUCCUUAUCCUUUGCCUCACUACUUGCUUUACCCUUUCUCUGACUAUGUCAGAACAUUUCCAAAUUCCACCAUCUACUGGGACCUCCAGUGCUCAGCAGCUCUCACCUUGCAUCGUGAGCAAUGCUGCUUCUUUACCAAGUGCCUACAGCUCCAGCGGAGUAACACCUCCAGGCCUCAGUUCAGCAAGGCUCCUGCCCUCCACCUCUGCCACCUACUUCCAGCCAGUCAUGGCCAGUACCUACAUUUACCAACACUGUAGCACAAGUAGGUUUGCAGGGGUCUCUGGCCAGAGCCAGCUGUCCACUUCAGCUUUGCCAUACCCAAGCCUUUGGCAGUGGGAUCAGAGGGCAAGCUCUGCAUACAGAUAUCCACCCCUCCAUAACACUGCCAUGACUGUCACUGAGCAGAGCAGGGUAGUGGCCUCAACACCCAUGCCUGCCUGUGCCGCUGCCAUGAUCCCAGUAUAUCCAUCUGCCAGCCUGGUUCCUGCAACACUACCAGCACACAUGGCAAGUCAAGGACACGGCCACUACUACAGUCAGGGUGCCACGGGGCCUCUGCUGUCUGCAGAGGAUGGAGCACCGUACCCAUAUGAGUGGGUGCCACACACAGGCAGUGGGGCCUUUGGGCCUCAGCAGCACAUUGUGAUGGUGCUGAAGGAGAUCCAGCACACAAAGAUAACAUCGACCUCUGCUUCUCCAACCAUGUACAAUUCAGACUCUACGCAAGCAAGCACUGAAAUGUGUUUUCCAGUGAAGGAAACUUGCGCAGAGCAAGACAGAUCCCUGGGAUCAGAAGAUCAGGUCCAGGAAGUGGAUGCUUCACAACUUCGAGAAUUCAUCCAGUCUUGCACAAGCAGCUCUACUCAGUUGCUUGAGGUCCCUGAACCUCCAGGCCUGCUGGCUUCAACUGAGUUUCCAAUCCCUGAACAGUUGGGGCAUUUAGAUGGCCUCGGGAGAAAACACCACCUGAGUCCUCAGCAAGCAGGGACCCUUGACAAGGGGAUGGAGUGGAGUCCAGGGUGGGCAGAUGUUGGGGCCCUAGUGGAGGACAUUCAACUUCCUCAAGUGCUCCAUCCCUUAGAAGAUCUUGAGGACUCCAAACAGCCCACAGCCAUGGAAGCCCAUGAUGAUGGGGCCAUGGAUGUGAGUGGGGCACAAGAGAGUUCAGGGAUGGAAAACUGUCCCUCUCCUCAAGGGAGGGAGAGUAAACAUAAGGCCUCAGAGCCCAUGGCUGUUGCCCCAGAUGCUAAGAUCCAGGUGAAGGAGGACAGCCAGUUAGGUGUCCCAGAAAGCCUUUGCAGUGUAGUGGCCAGUGAAAGGGCUUCUGAGAGCAAUACACAGAAGGCACAUAGAAAGUCCCCCAGAGGAGCAUCAGGCAGGCCCAACCAAGAUAAGGGUUGUGGGCAAGCUCGGGCCAAAAAGACCAACAGAAAGAAGGCAGCAGAGAGAAGGCAGCCAAUACCCCAAAUCAAGGCUGAAGACAAACCCAGUGCAAACAGGAAGCGCAAGAGACAGCCACCCGUGCUUGGCCAAGACUCCUUCAAAAUGCCUCGUACCUGCCUCGGGAUGCACAUGCUAGAAUCCGUGCAGGUUUUCCACCCAUUAGGGAAGAAGCUAGAUAAGAGAGCUGGGCCUAUUUCCUCCCAGGCCCUGGGAACAUACAAUGUCACCAAAGAUGCCAAGACUUCGCACGCCACCAAACCAUGGCCAAGGGCCUCACAUGUGGGAAAGGGGACUGAAAGAGCUAGGGACAACUCCCAGAACCUGCAGAAGCCUGGUCGAACAGAGGACUCAAAUGCAUCCCUGUGUGAGCGCCCGCCACCUGGGCAGGUGAAGUUAAUACCUUUGCAGUUUCCCAGUCCUGUAAAGCCUCAGGAAAAGCCUGUCUCUAGAAGGCCACAGGCUUUUGCUUCAAGGAGACCCACUGUAGCUCACCAUGCUGGACCUGCAGCUACUAGCACAGCUAACUCAUCCCAAAGAGCUUGUGCAAACCCUUCUCUGAUGUGCACUAUCAAACCACCUCAGACAAUGCCAAGUGGUACCUGCCCACCACAACUGACCACCUCCACCCAGCCUGGACUUCCUCAGUCUGCAAGGUGUAAGCCUCCAUGCCAGAUGACACCACUGAUUGCCUCUCUCAGAAGGGAACCUGUUGCCUGUGCUGUGACCAAGCGCAGGUCCCCACCUCAGCAGCCAAACCCAUUUCUCCUGGAAGACUUCAGUCGCCAACCGAUUCCCUGGAGGGAACCCAACGUGCCUGAACCUGUCAUGUCCAGCCCCAUCACAGCGGAACAGAGGCCAGAGCGUGAGGCCAUGAAGAGGCAGGCUCAGCGAGAGCGGGAGCUUGCGGCCCAGUACACAUCCUUAGGGAAACUGCAAUUCUUUAAGCAGAGAGAGACAGACAGGGAAAUUGCCCAGUACUAUGGGUAUGCAAGAUGAGAGGCAGCAGCAGAGUCCAGCCACCUUGGCCUCCAAAUAGUUUCCCCCAUGGUAUGUAGAUAUAGAUAAGUAAAAAUUUGAUGAAUCUAAUGUCAUGCUGAGAGGGAACAGAAUCACAAACACAUAAGUCCUCAGCAGAGGAAUUCA